GUAGCUGAUAAUCUGUCCAACGUGUGUAGCACAAGUUACUUUCUACUCCUGUUGUAGAUAGCUUUUAAGUCAUCACGGCGUUGAAUUGUUGCUGCAAUGCUGCAUUUUGUACGUACUUAAUUCAGUGUUGAGUAGAUCAUCUAUGUAGGUUGAUAAGAGAAGCAUUUCAUCUGCUAUCUUCAAAUGUAGACGCAAAUGCCAAGUUUGAUAUUUCUUUUUCAUAGUUGCACUCAUCAAUCUUGGUUGUGUCAACUGUUUGUACAAUAUUUUAAGAGACAGCUAUGCUGUUGAGACUGGGUUUCCUGUUUCAUUUGUUAGUUGCAGCCCCAUUGGCGUUGUAGCCACAACUGUCCAGCUGAUUCUAUAGAUUUGUUGGACGUGUCCAGCUCAAGUUACUUCUAUUGUUGUAAAUAGCUUCUGAAUUUUGUUGUCUUUUUAAAUAAUUGCUGCGCAAAGGGAUCAUAUGCCAUCUAUAGACAUUUGCCCCUUUUAUGUGAUGUUCAAUUCAGGCUAAUUCUUAAUAUUUAUUGUGUUUUGGGCCAUUUGAUCUAGUUUGUAUACUGGGAAUGUUUGCACCGCUUUAGUUAGUUUAUUAUCCGGUGUAGCUUUGAAUCAUUUUUGGGGUACAUAAUCCUCUUAAGUAUAACUAUUUAGUAUUUAGUUGGGAUUUUCUUGCAGUUAAAUUUGGGAUUUUGACAGACAUUGUAUUACGAGAUUAUGCCUAGGAUUGGGUGAGGUCAGUGAUUAGUUUUUUGAAGUUCUUUCAUGGAGAUAUUGCCUCUGUUGGAUAGGAAAACCUAUAUUUGGGCUGGAAGAAAUGGUCUAGUUUCGCCAUACCAGCUUUGGCUGUAGUAUUUUUCCUUUGUUGCUGUUUGUCAAGGUUGGAAACCUAAUAGUAGUAUCAUUGUACAAUUUGUUGAAAUCCAACUGGCAUUUGCGUUCAUCUUAUAUAUGCUGUGUUCAUUGUUGAGACAUAAUGGUGGUGUAUGACAAUGUUAUCUAUUGCAUGACUGUAUAAUCUUUUACCUUUGGAAAAUGAGACCUACCCUAGCCUCUGCUCUCUAGGUCGUGAUGUUAACCUUUCCACCAAACACACCACUCUAAUUUCUCUCCUUGUUAUAUUCCACAUGCUUAUUUGCUUUUUAAAGGGUCUGCCUGCAUGAUGAGGUCAUUUAUCCCUAGUAUCCAAAUUCUUUAGAUGGGUAGGAAGUGGGCUGGGUCUGAAUGUAAAAGGAAUUCAGGGAAGCAUGAUAUCCAGGUCGCAUCACCUGACAGACAUGUGUCUUUCCUGCAGUACCAUGCAAUGGGAGCUCUGCUUGAACUUUUCACUUGUUCAGCUCUCCUUCCUCGCCUCUUGCUGUUGGGCUAUCUCACUAAUAUCUUAUUCUACAGAAAGUUCAGCUAUAGCUUUCCUCCAUUAGGUGCUAUUUCACAAGAAGCUAGUUGCCGGGUGGAGUUACAUAUUCAAGCUAUAUGCAUUUACACAUGACAUGGGUUCUCGAGGAAGGAUGUUAUUUGACCUCAAUGAGCUCCCAACAGAAGCUGAAGAAGAAGCUGCGGUUGUUUUGUCCCAACCUCAACUUCCUGUUCCCAAUAUAUAUCCCUCAAAUUUGUUUCUCCAACAGGGAGUGCCCCAGACACAAGGGAUUUUGAACAAUUAUGCCUUUAAGCAUGCAUCUUCAGGUUCAGGUUUUCAACCUUUUGUGAGAAGCAAAGUUUCUAACAAUGGAGACACAAAGGAGAAUUUGGAUGCUACUGCCGCUUCUACAUCUAUGGCAACAGUUGCUCAUCAUGCUGAGACCUCCAAUCAGGUUUCGCAAGCAGUUGAAAGAGAAGAGGGUGAGUGGUCUGAUGCAGAUUGUGCUUCUGACACCGCAGGAAGUGGUGUUAGCAACAAAGAAGAGUUGGCUGGUAUGGCAAAUAUUGAAGUGAAAGGAGAAUCCCUGGAGAGAGAAUCUGCUACUGUAAAAUCUGCUGACGUGAUUAAAGAUGACGCUGCUGCUGAUCCUAGUGACACUGAAAUGGUUGACGUGUCUAAGGAUCCAUUGUUACGUGCUCCUACAGGACCUGAGAGCACAAAAAAUUCUGAAUGUAAAGGAAAUCAAUCCGGGGAUGAUUUAGACCAGGGCAACAAAUUAAAGGAUGUCAAAGGAGUAGAAGCCAGUUAUGCAUUGAAGUUUACAAACAACCCUGCAAAGAGACCUAAGCUAGAUGAACACAAAGUAGCAAUGCUCGGUAAAAAGCGGGCCAGGCAGACUGUGUUCAUCAAUGUUGAGGAUGCAAAACAAGCUGGCACAAUGAAGACAAUAACACCAAGGAGGCAAUCAUCUUUUCCAGCACCAAUUGUUACACGUACUGUGAAGGAAGGUUCUCGUGGUGUUGGUGAAAGAGCUACAGAAAAACCGAGCCAACCAGUUGUCCGAGACCAAAAACAGUCUGAAUUGAUUGGUUCAGAAAGAAGUAAUUCUGCAGAUCCAAGUGACCAAAAUGGCGAACCCAAUGGUGAUGUUGAGUUGGGAUCUCAUGGCAGGUCAAAGAAAAUGAAUGCUGAAGAACCCCCCUCAGAUUGCUAUCAACAAUCUGUGCCACGGCAGGCUUCUUCAAAGCAACCCAUGGAUCCCAAGCAGUUCAAGAGCAGACCAGUAUCUUCUCAGAGAGCAGUUCUAACAGGACAAAAUACCGCAGACCAGAAAACAGCCAACAAAAGGUCUCUCGUUCCCAAAAGACAAGCUUCAGGAAGUAACACACAGUACAAUGACUCAUCUGUCGAACGACUCAUAAGGGAAGUGACAAAUGACAAGUUCUGGCAUAAUCCAGAAGAGGAAGAACUUCAGUGUGUUCCUGGAAGCUUUGAUUCUGCUGAGGAGUACAUUAAAGUAUUUGAGCCUUUGCUUUUUGAGGAAUGCAGAGCUCAGCUAUAUAGUUCCUACGAGGAGAGUCUCGAGGCUGCAUCAAGGGAUGCACAUGUAAUGGUGCGUGUGAAAAGUGUGGAUAGGCGUGAAAGAGGAUGGUAUGAUGUCAUUGUUCUACCAACACAUGAAUAUAAAUGGACUUUCAAAGAAGGUGAAGUUGCAAUUUUGUCAUUCCCACGGCCUAGUUCAGCAGCCCAGUCUAGUAGAUCUAAUCGGAAGACCGCUCCUUCAGUUGAAGACGCUGAAGCAGAAAGUGGACGGCUUGUAGGUACAGUCAGGCGCCAUAUGCCUAUUGAUACACGCGAACCUAUUGGGGCGAUUAUUCAUUUUUAUGUUGGGGAUUCAUUUGAUUCUAGCAGCGAGGCUAAUGUUCUGAAGAAACUCCAACCUCGGAGUACCUGGUAUUUAACCGGUCUUGGUUCUCUUGCAACAACACAGAGGGAAUAUGUAGCAUUGCAUGCUUUCCGACGCCUUAAUGUGCAGAUGCAAAACGCAAUUCUUCAACCGAGUCCAGAGCACUUCCCCAAGUAUCAAGAGCAGCCACCUGCUAUGCCUGACUGUUUCACGCCAAGUUUUUCUGACCAUAUCAAUCGUACUUUCAAUGGGCCUCAGCUAUCGGCGAUUCACUGGGCUGCAAUGCACACAGCUGCUGGUACAAGCAAUGGAGUGGUUAAGAAACAAGAACCAUGGCCUUUCACAUUAGUACAAGGCCCUCCUGGGACAGGGAAAACCCACACUGUCUGGGGAAUGUUAAAUGUUAUUCAUCUUGUUCAGUAUCAAUAUUAUUAUGCUGCUCUGCUGAAGAAACUUGCUCCUGAAAGUUACAAGCAAGUUAGUAGUACCACUAACAGUACUUCAGAGACUUUUGCUGCGGGGUCUAUUGACGAAGUUUUACAGAGCAUGGAUCAGAACCUCUUUCGCACUCUUCCCAAGCUUUGCCCCAAACCACGGAUGCUUGUCUGUGCCCCAUCAAAUGCUGCAACAGAUGAGUUGCUUUCUCGUGUACUAGACCGAGGUUUCAUAGAUGGUGAGAUGAAGGUCUACCGCCCUGAUGUUGCUCGUGUUGGAGUUGAUACACAAUCUCGUGCUGCCCAAGCUGUUUCAGUUGAGCGACGGACGGAACAACUUUUGAUGAAGGGCCGUGAUGAAGUAAUUGGUUGGUUACAACAGCUAAAAGGCCGUGAGCAGCAGCUAUCACAAGAGAUAGGGCUUCUACAGAGGGAACUUAAUAUGGUGGCAGUGUCUGGUAGAUCCCAGGGUUCAGUUGGGGUUGAUCCUGAAGUGCUUGCUCACAGAGAUCGUAACCGUGAUAUUCUCCUUCAGAAACUUGCGGCCUCUGUAGAAAGCAGGGAUAAAGUACUGGUAGAGAUGUCGCGGCUGCUGAUAUUAGAAGGCAAGUUCCGUGUUGGUGGUAACUUCAAUCUGGAAGAUGCUAGGUCUAGUCUGGAAGCCAGUUUUGCCAACGAAGCUGAAAUUGUUUUUACAACAGUGUCAAGCAGUGGUCGCAGGUUAUUUUCUCGUCUUAGUCAUGGUUUUGAUAUGGUUGUUAUUGAUGAGGCUGCUCAGGCCAGUGAAGUAGGAGUCCUCCCUCCACUUGCACUUGGUGCUGCUAGAUGUGUCUUGGUUGGCGAUCCUCAGCAGCUGCCUGCCACUGUUAUAAGCAAAGCGGCUGGAACUUUACUCUAUAGCAGGAGCCUGUUUGAGAGGUUUCAGCAGGCUGGCUGCCCUACCAUUUUGUUGUCUGUGCAAUAUCGGAUGCAUCCCCAGAUCCGUGAUUUUCCAUCAAGAUACUUCUAUCAAGGGCGUCUUACAGACAGUGAAACUGUUGUCAAAUUGCCUGAUGAAUCAUAUUACAAAGAUGCAUUAAUGUCACCUUACAUUUUCUAUGACAUCUCGCAUGGCCGUGAGUCUCAUAGAGGUGGCUCAUCUUCAUACCAGAAUGUUCAUGAAGCACAGUUUGCAUUGCGUUUGUAUGAGCAUCUUCAGAAGCUGGUGAAAGCUAAUGGUGGCAAGAAAGCAUCUGUUGGUAUAAUCACUCCUUAUAAGUUGCAGUUAAAGUGUCUACAAAGGGAAUUUGAAGAGGUUAUGAAUACCGAGGAAGGGAAAGAUAUCUACAUAAACACAGUUGAUGCUUUCCAAGGUCAGGAGCGUGAUGUGAUUAUCAUGUCAUGUGUCCGUGCUUCAAACCAUGGCGUGGGGUUUGUUGCAGAUAUACGGCGUAUGAAUGUUGCUCUUACUCGAGCUAGGAGAGCUCUAUGGGUUGUUGGUAAUGCCAAUGCUCUUGUGCAGUCAGAGGACUGGGCAGCACUGGUAGCAGAUGCGAAGGCCAGGAAAUGUUUCAUCGACUUGGAUAGCAUCCCGAAGGACUUCCUAGCCAUGAAGGUUUCUUCCAACACUCCAGGAAGGAACUCUUCAAACAACACAAGGAACAUGAGGGCUGGUGGACCGAGACCGAGGCAUCUGGAUAUGCUUCCAGACUCAAGGAUUGGCAUGAGGUCUGAUGAUGAUGAGCGUGUCAACUCCGUUUCAAGAAAUGCUAGUAACCGCAAUUUGGAUGACCUGGGGCGCCCUGGUGAUAGAUCUAGGGAAAAUUUGCAGUUCGGAUUGCCAAGGAGACCGAAUUCAUCGAAUGGUUCGAGGAGAGAAGUCUGAGGAAACUUCAUCACUAUCUUAGCUUUGCAUGUGCGGAACAAUGAUGAGCUUUGCGAUGAAGCUUGGUUGGAGCAAAGUGUUACCUAUCUGGAAGAUGCACCCUGAGUGGUGUUGAGGAGUGGUGUUGCUAUUGGCAGGGCAAUUCCUCAUGAAAUGAGGCAUCUGGACGGCGGGAUGUAGCCAUCACAUUGACGAGAAGCAAAUCAGAUGUCGCUGUGUUGGGUGGGUUAUGGCUCUUUUUAUCCCAUCCUGCAAGAACAGGGGAAAGCUUCCUAAGGUCCUCAGUUCUGCAAUUGUGCAGGACAGAUGAAGUCCUUUUAUGUUGACCAGACUCCAGACUUGAACAAGGCCGCAGCUGGAUGGUUUCUGUCUGCCAUUGCAGUAAUUGCUUCAGCGUGUUUUAAAGAAUCCAUCUUUCUCAUAGAUAUGAAUACAUGCAUGGGAUUUUCCAUUUUGAAACAUGCCAGGAGAGAAAAAUCUCGCUGGCCCUAGAGCAGGUUAAGUUUCAAGCUUCGUUGUGCCAUAGCUGCUAGCGGCAAACUGCUUGAUAUUCCCCUGUAGGAUCAGCAUUGCUAACAUAGGCAGGACUUCUGUAACAUAUGACAUAAGCUCCCUGUGUACAAAGUCCACAUCUAGAAAAGAAGUUCAUUAUUUGAUUCAGCUACUUAUUGUGUCACAAGUGGUUCUGUUUGCCAUGUUGGUUGGUUGAACGCUGUGUUGUAUAUUUGUUCGAAGAUUCUACCAUGUUUUCAGUUAUAUUCAUACCUGACUUUGGGUCUCA